AUUUUGUGGCACGAUGACAUCUGAGAUGUACAAGGUGCGUGAGGGCCAGAUAGUCUGAUGUCUGACUGUCAAAGGUGUUGACACAAGGAGGACUGGACAGACCAGUCAGUGACAUGCAUGCUGUGCUGUCCUGUCACGUUCACAGCUCUGCAGCAAGGCUAUAAGAUGCCAUACUGUCCUGCAGAUCCAUCACUUCACUGAACUUGGCUCACAGUAAGAAGCUGAAAUCAUGUCUAAGAUGGUUGUGACCCAGCCGAGGCCCUUCAUCACAACCUCCAUAUACAAUGACUGGACCUCUGGCAUCUGUGAAUGCUUCCAAGACCUGCCCCAGUGUUGCUUGGCCUUCUGGUGUCUUCCUUGCUUCAACUGUAAGACAGCCCACGAGGCCGGGGAGUGUGUGUGUUUACCUCUGCUGGAUGUUUUUGGAUGCAUCCCUCCUAUAGCCACAGCCCUCAGGGUGUCAGUACGGCAACGAUAUGGAAUUGAGGGUACAGUUUGCAAUGACUGCGUGUACGCCUGCUGCUGCGGGCCCUGCAGCUGGUGUCAAAUAGCAAGAGAGAUCAAAACGAGGAAGAAUGCCAUUAUAUAGAUAAGAACAAAAUGCUGCCACAGCAUCAGCAUCAUUAACGUCAUUGCCACCAUCAGCCGUGUCUCUUCAUCAUUAGCUGUUUGGAAUGAGAGGGGAUAUGUAGACUGAUUUGUGAUCUGUUUUAAGCACGUCUGCCUCUAAGGAAUGUAGCUAGUUAAAGAUCACCCUACGAGGGUCAUAAAUGUGUCACUCAAUGACAGUAAGAUAAGAUAAGCAGACACUUGGCCUCUAUGACUGUUACUGACAUUGCACACAUAUUUCACACAGAGAUCUUAACACUAUACACUGUUAUCCCAAAUUAGUUGACUUUAUUAGAAAUUUGCGCAGAAACCAGUUGCCUUAAACCGUCUUAAGUUUUUACACAAGGUGAAACUUAGCAGGUCAAGUUGUAUUAACACAGAGCAGUAAGUUGAUGCAGUAGACAAAUCAAGUUUAAAUUAGUAGUCAUUACUAUAAAAUCAUUAGUAAACUUAAAUUAUUUUUUCUGCAGUCACAUUGCCUACAAUAAGCAUGUUAAGUAAAACAUGCAAAGAAAUAUAAGAAAUAUAAAACAUAAGGCUAUAUAUGUCACUAAUA